AUGAAUUAAAAUAAUUAUUAUUGUAAAGAGCAUCCAAAUUAUUAAAUUGGAGGCUUUUACAAAUCAAAUCUUAACACUAAAUCUUAAAGAAAGUUAUGUAUUGAAUGCAUUUUAACCCGAAAAAUACAACCAGAAUAGAUAAUAUCAAAAGAUAACUUUGUCCAAUAAUUGUCCAAAAAGUUCAAUUAAAUAAGUACAGUCCUUCAAUAGGGGUAAAAUGAUUAUAGUAAAAUCCUACUAAAACUUGACUCAGUGUAAGAAGGAAUUAUUAAGAUAUUUUCUUGUAUAAAAGAAUUCGUCAACGAUAUUUCAGAGGUCCAGAGGUUAGAAGAUGAUAGAUUUCUAAAUAUUAUCAAAAAUAAUUUAAACCCACUUGAGUGCUCUGCUACAGAAUUAGACGAGCUAAUGACUUUACUAGAAGGUAGUAUUUUUGAGGAUUAUGAUAAAAGAAAAAAAAUUGCUUUUUCUAGACUUGAUAGAGAAAUCAACAGUUUGGAUAAGAGUUUGUUGUUAGUUUAAUAAAAAAGAGAGCUAAUUUAAUAAAUGAUGAAUUAAUUGUAAGACUUUUGAAUAUAUUUAGUACAGAAGUAAAAAGAGAAUAAAAUAUGAUUACAUUGAAAGGAUUUUAGAAAUCUAAAAGUAAAUUAGCAUAAACCACUUUUAAUCUCGUUAUUUCUAGGUAAGGAGAUUAAGUUUAUUAAAAGGAUGGAUAGAUUCUUAGAAUGUAAUUUAUUUAGUUUUAAUAUUAUAGAUAAAAGAAAGAAUAAUUAAGUUCAAAAGAUUAAUAAAUAUUAAACAAUUUAGAAUAAAUGAAACAUUUAGAAUUUAAAGGAAAAUAUGGAGCUGAUGGAUAAAAAAUUAAUUAAUGGAAUUACUUUUGGAAGGGAGAAAAAAUUGGAGGUGGCAUCUACAGUUAGAUUGGAUAAAAAUAAGGAAGGUGGCAAAAUUUAUGCGACAAUUAUUGGGAGUAUUAAAUUUAUCGUAUAAUACUCUUAGUAAAUAAAAUGUGAUUUAAGAAGGUUAAUACAAAGAUGGAAAAUAGAUUGGUACAUGGAAUUUCAUAUGGAAUAAUUAAUAUAUGUAAAAGAAAUCAAUAAAUUUAGUGGAGGAGGAUAAUUUGAUAAUUAAGGAUCAGGCAGGAAGAAUGGAUAUUGGGUUGAAUUGCUUGAUGGGUAUAACCCUGGCUCCUAAUAUAUUAUCAAUGGUUAUUAUAAAAACGGUAAGAAAAUUGGUAGAUGGGAUAUUAUGUGUAGGGGAAAAUAAAUGUAAAAUUAUAAUAUUAUACAUAAUAAAUAUAAUUUAGAGGUUACGGAUCUUAUGACUGUAAGUAAGAUGGAGAUUCAAUUAAGUUAGGAAAGUGGAUUGAAUUGAUAUAUGGAGUUCAUGAUGAUUCGUAGAUCACUUAUGUUGGCGAAUAUUUAAAUGGUAAAAAAGUUGGUCAAUGGGAUAUAUGGUAUCAGGAGAAUUAUGAUAAUAAAGAGAAUUUAUAAAUGUAAAGAUUUAAAAAAAUAAAUUUUAGUGGUGGUGGAGUAUAUGAACAUCAAGAGGACGGAGAUUCAAUUAAAAUUGGAAAGUGGAUUGAAUUGAAUGAUGGAUUUUAUUAUAAUUCAUAAGUUACUCAUGUUGGUGAAUAUUUAAAUGGUAAAAAAUUUGGUAAUUGGGAUAUAAUGUAUAAGGGAUAAUCGAUGUAAAAUUAUAUAUAUUAAAUUUUAGCGGUGGUGGGUCUUAUGAAUGUUAAUUAGAAGGAGAUUCAAUUAAAAUAGGGAAUUGGAUUGAAUUGAGCACUGGAUUUAAUGAUAAUUCGUAAGUCACUUAUGUUGGUUAAUAUUCGGAUGGUUCAAAAUUUGGUAAAUGGGAUAUUUACUAUAAGUUUUAUCUUUUCUAAUGGAGAAACAAAAAGAUGUAAAUAUUAAAUAAAUCUCAGUGGUGGAGGAUUAUAUGAGGAAAAUUUGGAAGGGGAUUCUGUCAAGGUUGGUUAAUGGAUUGAAUAAAGUGAAGUGUUCAAUUGGAAUGCUUAUAUUAUUUAUAUUGGUGAAUAUAAGAAUGGUAAGAAAGUUGGUAAAUGGAGAAUAUGGUUUAGAUAUUAUUUUGAAAAAUGGUAUUCUAAAUUAAUGUAAAUAAUAAAUAAAUCUUAGUGGUGGAGGAUCAUACGAAGAUAUUUUGGAAGGGGAUUCUGUCAAGGUUGGUUAAUGGGUUGAAUAAAGUGAAGGUUUUCAGGAGACUUCUUAGACUAUAAUCUAAGGUGAUUAUAAAAAUGGGAGGAAAGUUGGUAUUUGGAAAGUCACCCUUGAUGAAGAAAUUAUGUAAUUUUAUUAUUUAAUAUUAAAAAAUUCUAAUUUUAGAGGUUCUGGAUGUUACGAUAAUGAAAAUUUUAUGAAAAUCGGAAACUGGGUUGAGUUGAGUGAUAGAUUUUAUAUUUAUUCAUAAGUUACUUAUUAGGGUCUGUAUAAAAAUUGUUAAAAAGUUGGUAAAUGGGAAAUUUUGUUUGAGGGAAUAGAGGUGUAAGAUUAUAUAAUUAAAUAUUAAAUAUUUUGAUUUUAGUGGUGGUGGAUUUUAUGAUGAUUAAGGAUCUUUUAAGAUCGGUGAAUGGAUUGAGUUAAGUGAUAAAUUUGAUUAUUAAUCCUAAGUUACAUAUAAGGGUUAGUAUAAAAAUAAUAAAAAAGUUGGUAGUUGGGUUAUUUUAUGGAAUUGGAAAGAUAUAAAUUAAUAGAUGUAAAAUUUUAUUUUUUAUAAAACAUAUACAGAGGAAAUGGAUUAUAUGAUGAUUAAGUAGAAGGAGAUAGUUCAAUUAAGGUUGGAAGUUGGAUUGAGCAGAGUGAUGACUUUGAUAGAUGGUCGUAAAUAGUCAAUAAAGGUGAAUAUAAAAAUGGUAGAAAAAUUGGUAAAUGGGUAGAAAUAAAUAUAAAGUAAAAUAUAAUAUGUGGUGAGUUGAAUUAUGAUAAUUGA